AUGACUUCCAACAGUAUUUUCCUCUUUUUGGUCUCUUCUCUUCUGACCGUAAGUGGACAGUCCGCGCAAGAAGAUAUACAAUCAGCUCAGUUGACUGUCAUGAGCGGUUGGCAGUUUCAGUGCGCGAAUACAACUUGUGCACCAUAUGCUACAAGUACUGCAUUGAACAUUCAAGAUUGUCAAUCAGCUUGCUUAUCUGAAGUUCAAUGCGAAGUAUUCACUUUUCGAGAAACAGUAGCUAUCUGUGAAAUAUUUACAAAUGUGCAAAGUCAAGCAAGCUAUAUGUUUCUUGCUGUCGAUGCUACCACUAUGGUAAUCAUGGAUAGAACACGAGUUCCACCAGAACCGACUGCCACCAUCACAAAAUCACCUUCAACAAGUAUACCAACUGUAACUUCGACGAUAUCAACAACAGCUACCACGACAGCAAACACUUGCCUAUCGUUAUUCAACACAUAUCGGAUUUAUAGUGCUGGCUCUUCUCCACUUUCUGCUGUGUCAAAUGAUUUUAAUUAG